AUGGAACAAAUGUUUGAUAUUGUUUCAGAUGUUGAACAUUAUUAUGAAUUUGUACCAUGGUGUUUAAAAUCUCAAGCAAUUAAUAUAGAAAGAAAUAAUUUCAAACGAUAUAAAUUAGAAAUAGGUUUUCCCCCUCUAAUUGAACGUUAUGUUUCAGCUGUACAUCUUGAUAAACCUCAUUUUAUUAAAUCUAUUUGCACAGAUGGAAAACUAUUUCACCAUCUAAUUGCGAUAUGGAGAUUCCAGCCAACAAAUAAUAAUCAGCCAAACACGUGUAUUCUUGAUUUUUCGGUAUCCUUUGAGUUUCGUUCCCUUCUUCAUUCUCGCAUGGCAAAUCUCUUUUUUGACGAAGUAGUCAGAAAAAUGGUAGGAGCAUUUAUCAAAAGAGCUGGCCAUUUAUAUGGCACCCCUACUCUUAUAAAUCCUUUUUACAAAAUGGCUACUUCUGAACAUCAAAGCAAUAAUCUAAACUCAAUCAAAUCAUCAAAUCAAUACUCAUCCAAAUCAUCUAGUCAAAAAAUGAUAAACUCUAAUCAUCUUAGUCAAUCAGGUUCAUCUAUAAGCAACAAAAACGGUCACACCUCACAUAUAAUUAAGAAAAAAUAAGUCUCAUUUUUCUCUUAAUCAUCAAACCAAACAAUAUAAUUUAAUAUUAUAAUAAUAAAUUUUUAAUCCGAUUUUUACAAAACAAAAUGUGACGAUUUGUUCGCUAAUAACUAAAAAUGCAAUAAUAAUUCUUUAUUAAUACAAUAUAAUCAUUUUUAUAAAUUUGUAAAAUUACAAAAGUUUAUAUGGAAUGAAAUAUAUUCAAUUAUAUUUUUAUGAAAAUAAUUAUUUAUAGCUAGAGCUUGAUGGAACUUUAUAAAAUAGGGUUUGGUUUUGAAUAUUUUUCAUGAUUUGACUGUACGCUAAUUAUUAACCUAGACUGAUCUAGGUCAUUGGACGAUUGAUUUUUUAAAAACUUUUUAUAACAACCGGCGUUACCGUUGCUGCCAAAAAAUAUGCCCCGGAAAGCGUUCCUAGAAAUAUCUAUUUUUUCCCCUACUUUAAUGUAAAUUAUAUUUUCUACAUUAUAUAGUAUUAAUUAAGACAUAAUUUGAGU